AUGCUUUACCCGAGCAGCCGUGGAAUGAGCAAGCAGACUAUGCUUGAUUGGAUGCGUAUUAAUCACCCACAGACACCCGUCAAGUCCGGAAUCACCAAAAACGAAGUUUCUAAAAUGGUCCGUGAGAUGCAACCAGAGUAUUUUCCCGAUCCUAAUAGUGAAGCUCCUGCUGUCGAUUUAACUCCAGGCACUCAAACACCCGGACUAUUCGCACCACUAUUCGAGACCUCGACCACACCCAUUCAUAGCACUUCAUCAUCUGCUCAGGAAAAUGCCUCGGUGCCGAUAACAGCGCAUCUUGAGCCUCCUCCAGACUUGGAGUCCAGCACAAAUAUCAAAGUGAAGAAAAAACGAACAGCAUCUGACGAGCUCAAUUGUGGGCGAUUUUUCAAGCGCUCAGACAUAGGGGAUGCCACCAUCUUACCAGACCCAUCCCAGUCACGCAAGAAAGACAAAGUGCUUUCAAGACCCUCAAAACCUCAACGUACCCAACUUAAAGGUACAAAUCUUAAUCGAGUCACAUCUGCAACAUCGAUGUCAAAGUCAAUCAAUAUACCUGUCAAAAUUGAGGCUUUGGUCAAAGCCGAAAAUCAUGUUCCACCUCUCAUUGACAUGUCAGAGACAAACUGGAUGGACAGUCCAAAUCCAGUCAAUGGACAUGAUAUUCCACCUAUUGAAAUGCCACCCGCGUCGGUUUCAGGUAAAAGUCUCAAGAGCAAGUCUGGUGUUGAAGUCUUCCAGGAAGAAAGACGGCAAGCACAGAAGAUUCGAGAGUUAGAGGACGCAGUGGAACAGCUUCGAGUGAGAAUGGAGACAAAUGAAAAGUCCGAUUUGAGCGCUUUAGCAGAAGAGAUGCGGCAAGAUGAAGCAAUCCGUCUCCUCACAGUGCGGGUUGGAGGACUGGAACAUAAAAUUGAAGAUAUCAGACAGCUGAAAGACUCUGUCACAAACUUAAAAUCUCAAUUGACAGACCUUUGCGCACAGAUGAGUACCAUAGUUGAAGACAUCAAAGUCCCGGAAGAAGUUAUUAAAGGUUUAAUGAGUCUAGACGAAGAUGACGAGAAUGGCUCAAUUAUCAGCUCUGAGUUGUAA